AUGGGAAUCCUACAAAAGACACUCGCUUUCACAGGCUGGACAGCUUUUGGUGGUACAGCUGGUUACCUUCUCUGGACGAGGAAGAGCAAGGUCUACGAUGUGCCUCCCACCGACUACCUCUUCAACCAUACCCUCUUUGCACGCUACAAUCCAAACAACUCGCCUGUCACUCAGGACAUAGUACUACGGAAGGUGCCGUUGGAGAAGCUCAGACCAGAACUGCUCGAGAAGGAAGGGAAAUUGGUGGAGAGCUUUUGCGCUGGUCUUUGGAGCGGUUUGGGUAUACUACACCACCAACCAUAGGGAAAGGCAGUAACCAGGACGUUCCUUUUUGGCUGACGAGUACUGCUGUACGACAGGCUACGCAUACCAACGAAGCUACCUAGACAAGAAAUAUCGCUCCGACCCAAGCACCUCCGACCACCUCUGGGACACCAAAGACCUCGCAUCUUCAACCUAUCCCCUCGGCACGAAAAUCACAGACCACUUCGAAGUCGUCUCCAAGAACCCCACCUCCAUCAUCGUCCGCUGCGGCGAUUCCCCACGAAUCCAAGAAGUCCGCGCCUCGGAUGGCCUGUUCGAAAUGACAGCCGAAGUGAAAAAGGACGAAGGUGUCGCGGAAUUCGGACUGAAGAGUAUUUUCUAUAACGGAUUGGGACCGCAGCCUGACCAGGAGGGCAAGCAGCCUAGUGAGCCCAUGUCGCCCUGGAUCAAAUGGCUACAUCAGCAAUACGCGAAGGUGUUGAUGGAAACUGCCAUAGGGAAUUGUACCAAGUGA